CAGACACGUUGAGGGGGAGUUACCAAGCCCAAGCAGCAAAAACAUCCCGGCACAUUCCUGGGGAGUCCUCAGCUGCCAGCAUCUGAUUAGAACCAUAUCUCUCGCCGGGAGUGGCCGCGCCGCUCUGAAGCUCCCUGGCCGGCAGCUAUUUAAGCCGGGCCGGCGGUGUCGGCUGGGCUGCAGCCCGGAGGCUCCGGCGCGGGGAAGUCAUGCUCGCUCCGCAGAGGCGCUAGCAAGCCUGUGUCUGCAGUAGGUUAUGUUCAUUUGAGACUUUUCCAUCUGGGAUCACCUGGUGUCACGAAGUGUCUGUUGGUGCAAGGGUUUGCUGCCUGCCUUCUUACCAUGUCUAACGAAGUUGAAACAAGCACAUCCAAUGGUCAGCCUGAGCAACAGGCUGCUCCAAAAGCACCAUCGAAGAAAGAGAAGAAGAAAGGCUCUGAAAAGACAGAUGAAUAUCUUUUGGCCAGGUUCAAAGGUGAUGGUGUAAAAUACAAGGCCAAGCUAAUUGGUAUUGAUGAUGUGCCGGAUGCAAGAGGGGACAAAAUGAGCCAAGAUUCUAUGAUGAAGCUUAAGGGAAUGGCAGCAGCUGGUCGGUCUCAGGGACAACACAAACAAAGGAUCUGGGUCAACAUUUCCCUUUCUGGGAUAAAAAUAAUUGAUGAGAAAACUGGGGUAAUAGAGCAUGAGCAUCCAGUAAAUAAGAUUUCUUUCAUUGCCCGUGAUGUGACAGACAACCGGGCAUUUGGUUAUGUGUGUGGAGGAGAAGGCCAGCAUCAGUUUUUUGCCAUAAAAACAGGGCAACAGGCUGAGCCUUUAGUUGUCGAUCUUAAAGACCUUUUUCAAGUUAUUUAUAAUGUAAAGAAAAAGGAAGAAGAGAAGAAAAAGACGGAAGAAGCCAACAAAACAGUAGAGAAUGGGAAUGAGACCCUACUGAGUUUUGAUGACCAAGCUAACAAACUGAAAUUGGGUGUUGACCAGAUGGAUUUGUUUGGGGCCAUGUCUACACCUCCUGACCUAAAUAGUCCAACAGAAAGCAAAGAUAUCCUGUUAGUGGAUCUAAACUCUGAAAUCGACACCAAUCAGAAUUCUUUAAGAGAAAAUCCAUUCUUAACAAAUGGCAUCACCUCCUGCUCUCUUCCACGACCAAAGCCGCAGGCAUCCUUCUUGCCUGAAAAUGCCUUUUCUGCCAAUCUCAACUUCUUUCCCACCCCUAAUCCUGAUCCUUUCCGUGAUGAUCCUUUUGCACAACCAGACCAAUCGACACCCUCUUCGUUUGAUUCUCUCAAAUCUCCAGACCAGAAGAAAGAGAAUUCGAGUAGCUUGCCUCCUCCACUGAGUAAUGGGCCCAUGAAUGGUGAUGUUGAUUACUUUGGUCAGCAGUUUGACCAAAUCUCUAACCGAACUGGUAAACAGGAAGCUCAGGCAGGACCGUGGUCUUUUCCGAGUACGCAAACCCAGCCAACAGUGAGGACUCAUAAUGGGGUAUCUGAAAGAGAACACAAUGGCUUCCAUAUCAAAUCCUCCCCGAACCCUUUUGUGGGAAGCCCUCCCAAAGGACUAUCUGUACCGAAUGGCGUAAAGCAGGACUUGGAAAGCUCUGUCCAGUCCUCACCACAUGACUCCAUAGCCAUUAUCCCACCUCCACAAAGUACCAAACCAGGACGAGGCAGAAGGACUGCUAAGUCUUCAGCCAAUGACUUGCUUGCAUCAGACAUCUUUGCUCCUCCUGUCUCAGAGCCUCCAUGCCAGACGUCACCCACAGGACAAUCUGCAGUUCAACAGACCAACCCUCUGGAUCUCUUCAAAACAAGUGCUUCUGCCCCAAUGGGGCCUCUUGCGGGUCUAGGUGGUACAUCAGUUACUCCUCCUCAGGCAGGACCAUGGAGCUCAACACCUUUAGUCUUCAGUCAGCCCACUUCAAUGGUCCCAGGAGCCAUGAUGGGUGGUCAGUCUUCAGGAUUUGGUCAGCCAAUUGUUUUUAGUGCAAGUCCAACUGUUCCAGGUUGGAACCAGUCUUCAUCCUUUGCAGCCUCAACUUCUCCAGCCCCAGUUGUUUGGAGCCCUUCUGCAUCAGUGGCACCCAAUACUUGGUCGUCAACAAGCCCUUUGGGGAAUCCUUUUCAGAGCAAUAUUUUUCCACCCGCUGCCAUGUCCACUCAGUCCUCUUCUAUGCUCUCUUCUAUCCUGGUCACUCCUCCUCAGCCACCCCCCAGGACUGGCCCACCAAAAGACAUCUCCAGUGAUGCCUUCACUGCCUUAGACCCACUUGGGGAUAAAGAAGUCAAGGAGGUGAAAGAAAUGUUUAAGGACUUCCAACUGCGGCAGCCACCUGCUGUACCUGCAAGGAAAGGAGAGCAGACUCUGUCUGGGACUUCCAGUGCCUUCUCCAGUUAUUUCAACAGCAAAGUUGGCAUUCCACAGGAGAACGUAGACCAUGAUGACUUUGAUGCCAAUCAACUGCUGAAUAAGAUCAAUGAACCACCAAAGCCAUCUCCCAGACAAGGUGCCCUGCCAGUUACCAAAGCUGCUGACAAUGCAUUUGAGAACCCUUUCUCUAAAGAUCCUUUCAGUUCAUCGCAAACUUCUAUGACUUCUCCUCAAACCACCUCUCCUGAUACAUAUAGAGAUCCUUUUGGAAAUCCUUUUGCCUAACUUCAGAACUUGGUAUGCUGAUUUUCCAGAGGAACAAAAAGGCUGGCCUUCGUAAUCAAGGACAAAGCUAAUAGCCAGACUCGUCCUGACCUCUGCCCUUGUUCCAGCUCUGACAUAUUACGUGCUGCCUCAUUUCUCAGCGCCUCUUCUACUUGUAAAAAUGCCUUUUACUUUCUGUCUAGGUGAAAGCUAAUCUGAAUCUAUGGCUUUAAAUAAAUUAAGAUCCUAAACUCUCUAGUUUAAGCAUAAAUGAAGUAGUUUCGCUACUGUACCCUUACCUGUUGUGCCCUUAGAACUUCUAGAA